UGCAGAACUCAAAGCCACUUCUCUUCCUGUGUGUGACUUGAACACUGAGCCUAUUUUGAUAUCAGUCGGCUUUUAUGUUCUCUUGUGCAGACUCUCUUUUUUCUGGUAGAGGAAUGAAUAACUUCCCUUUGAUUGUUAGUGCUGUUGCUAGUAGCAAAGCCAGAGAUUUUGCAAAAGCUCUUGUAAUACUAGAACUCUUCUUGGAGUCCAGCUACUUCUAGUUGUUUUGGGAAUGCCAAUCUGUAUAUGCUACAGUCUAAUUUUGGUGUCCAAAGGAAGGAAGCAGGGGGGAGAAAAGUCACCAGUUUUCUUUAAGGAAAGAUAAAUGAGUAAGUGCGCUGCUCAUCUCUCAAAAGCAGUUUACGUCCACACAUCUUUCUUUGAUGGCUGCUGAAAAGGAAUUCUGCCUUCACUUGCACCAAAUCCAAAUCUCCUGUGGAACGUGGCUGAAAGGAAGACAGAACAUGAAGAUACAUGAGUGUUAAUGGACAUUGUGGUGAGACUGCCUGAAGAAGGGGACUGUCUUAAAACCUCUGCUGUAUCUGAAUUAAUGCAUGAAGAUCUUGAAAUUCCAAAUCUACAAGACCAAGUAAAGGAAGCCAUUUCCCCCACUCCUUUAGACCAUUGAGACCAUAUUCUCCCUCAGUCAGGGAUGCUUGAAUGGUGACUUGUGGGAAGAUAGACACCUUUAUUUUUCUCUUUGCGGGUAUGACACAGUGAAACCUAUCACCAAUGAAUGGCACAGGCACUUAACAAACACUCAGAUCUCUUGAAGGCGACAUUAUACUCUGUGAAAUAGUAUUCAUCAUUUUGGAUGCAGCUGAACGGUAAUUCAGGAGUCUCCAAAAUAAGUGAAGUUUGGGAAAAAUGGCCUGUGAAUUGAAUCUAAACUUUCUUAAGGAAUUGGAGCGAGAGGCUGUUCUGGAAGUCCUGUACCGUGACCAGAUGGUGAGAAAAACAGAGGAGGAAAGAGUAAGGAAACUCAAGAUGCAGCUGCAGCAGCUUCGGUGGAAAGGGGCAAGAAAUGUGAGCCAUGAAUACCAGGAAAGAUCUUGUGCUCGCUGUCAAAAAUCCCUCGGGCUAUUGAUGAAUAGAGGUGCUGUAUGCAAUGGGUGCAGUCAUCGAGUGUGUUCUGAAUGCCGUGUCUGCCUGAAUCCCUGCCUGUGGAAAUGCACCGUUUGUUAUGCUCAUGGAGAUGUGAAGGUAAAGGCUGGUGAAUGGUUCUUUGAGGAACGAGCGAAGAAAUAUCCCAAUGAAGGCAGACAUGAAACAGUUGGUGCAAAGCUCUUGAAAUCUUAUCAGAAACUGAGUAACAUUUCUGUUGUUCCUCCAACUCCACCUCCUUUCACUGAAUCCACAGCAGGAAGCAAUGUGACGGAACUUCGUCAGACUAAAAAUUUUAAUAAAUCUGUGGAAAACUUGUUUUUGUCUCUCACAACACAUAUAAAAAAAAUCUCAAAGUCCCAGAAUGAUAUGGCUGACAGAAGUCUCCUAACCACAGAUUAUGGGCAGAACGUGGAAAAGAGGAAGGAAAGAAGGAGCCAGUCUGACACUGCCAUCAACAUUACAAGCAGGCUAAAAAGUACACCCAGCCUUCAACAGCUCAUCACUGAGGCUCAAAAGGACAGUGAAAUUCUUACCAAAAGGAACUGCAAACAGGAAGAAGACAUAAUAACCAGUCCUGCAAGUGAUACAGUUUUCUGUGAGGGCAUAAGACAUGGGAGUUUGUACAGUCUUAACAGCACUUGCACGGAAUAUGGCAAUUUUGGCAAGACUAAUGUCACAGGAGAAAUAGAGUUUGCCAUAAGAUAUGUCUUCAAAGCUUGCAUUUUAGAAAUCAGCAUCAAAGGAUGCAAGAAUCUGGCUUAUGGAGAGGAGAAGAAGAAAAAGUGUAAUCCGUAUGUUAAGGUUUAUUUGCUUCCUGAUAAAUCUCCUCAGAGUAAGCGGAAGACAGCUGUCAGAAAGAGCACUGUGGAUCCAGAAUUUCAUGAGACUUUGAAGUACAAGAUUGCAUACUGUCAGCUGGGAAGUCGGCAGCUUCAAAUCUCUGUGUGGCAUGCAGGAGCACUCAAAUACAGAGUGUUUUUGGGGGAAGUGGUCAUCCCACUGGCAGCGUGGAAUUUCAAAGAUAGCUCAGCAGAGUUGUUCAACUGGUACCAGCUCAAAGCCAAGCUUGAAAAGCCUGAAGAUAAUCUUGCCCAGUACAGCGGAGAACUCCUGGUGUCUGCAAGACUGUCAGUACCAGCCCAGGAUAAAAAUUUGCAGUUCGAAAAGUGGAUGGGAGAAGGAAAAAAAGACCAAGGCGCUCCCAGCUGCCAGCUUCAGGUUAUAAUAUUUGGGACCAAGAACUUGCCUGUGCCAAGAUCUGCUGGAACGCUGAACUCAUUCGUUAAAGGCUGUCUUAUCCUUCCAGACCAAGCAGAGGUAAAGCAAAAGUCUCCUGUCCUGAAGAAAGAAGCCUGUCCUCAAUGGAAACACUUGUUUGUCUUUGAUGGUGUCAGCCCAGCUCAGCUGCAGCAAUCAUGUCUACACUUAACUGUCUGGGACCAGGCAUCUUUUGGCUCAAGUGAUCGAUUCUUAGGGGGAGCCAUUCUUGGUGCAAAGGAAUCAUUUGGCUUUACAGACCCUGAUUCUCAGGCAGUGCUUCAAUGGCAGGAAGUGCUCAGCAGCCCAAACAUGUGGAUGGACAUAGCACUUGUACUGCAUUCAAAUAAGGAAAACUUUAAAUCAUAAGUGAGAUUACAGCAGUGUGUGAGGAAUUAAAAAUAUGAAUUGAAGUGACAUAUACAUUCUAGGGAAAGGUGUUCUACAACAGUACCUACUCUGGCUUUAGGGGAAUAAAGUUACCUGUUUAAAGGGG